CCCCGGUUUAUCUAGCUAGUUGCUACACUCUCCCUUGUCACAGUGCUCUCUUGGACUUACUGAAGGAAACACCGGACAGUGAAUGUGCCGUUGAUCGAGCAUGGAUUUGAAAUUAUUGGCGUUGAUGGCUGUGUUAACAGUGGUGACGUAUGUGCCUGUUUCACAUGCCAAGCCCCUCAGUCUGGUGGAGAGGUGCUGGUGUCGUACGACAGCCAGCACCGUCCCCCAGCGCAGCAUCCGGGAGCUAAGGUUCCUACACACUCCCAACUGCCCCUUCCAAGUGAUAGCCAAGCUGAAGAACAACAAGGAAGUGUGUAUCAACCCAGAGACCAAGUGGCUGCAGCAGUACCUGAAGAACGCCAUAAACAAGAUGAAGAGAUCCAAACAGGCCAACUAGAGAUAGAGAGUGAGCGAGAGUCUGCAGGAUGGACAACCGAGGGACCCCACUUAUCAACACGUGUGUAACGUGUGCUUCACUGAUGCGCUGAACAGCACUUAUCCUGACCCCCCCCCGCAACUCCCCCCACUCCUCAAACCCCCCCCCCCCCUCUCCACCACCAAGCGCACCUACCCCCCCAUCCCCCUACCCCCCCCCCCCCACCUUCCCCCAUCCGCCAAAACACCAGCACCACUCCCUCUUCAGUCCAAGGACUCCCCGUCCCCCCGCUACCCUCAUGUGCCCCUCCCCCAACCCCAUAUAGACACCUCCUUUAGCACACAGAAGUGCAGUUAUAUCUAUGUAAGUGUAUGCCUUUAUAUCUAUGUGAUGUAUACGUCUUCAUUAUUCUACGUCUUCUUCUCACUUCAUCGGUAAAGUGCUACGUUUUGAAGGAAAGGUAGAGAGAGCAGGAGGAGUGGUAGAGACUUAGGAAGAAGGGAAUGGUCACCAUGACAUCUGUGAUUCACUUUUCUCCUUCGCUGUUUCUGUCAGCUGUUACUGAGGGGCACUGUCUUGUGUGUAUGCCCAGGUUCCACAUGCACACACACAUAAACACGCACACACAUAGGAGAGCUGCAGAUACAUGGAGUACAUAGCAUGUACAGAGUACAGCAACUGUCUGCUCAUUCAUGUCUAAGUUGAUCGCGUCUGUGUCCAGUGUUCCAUAAAUAACACAAAAGUCUGUAAUCCAGUUCUUCCAGAUGCUUGGUCAAAGCAAGAGGAGCACUUGGAGUCUGGUAAAUUCUACUUUCACAUUUGAGGUUUUGAGUUAAUAGGGCAUCAUGAUUUUGAGUAUUUUAACUGGGUGGCAUGUUGGUAAUGCCGACCGUUCCAAGACAGUUACAUUUUAGAAUGCAAUUAGGAUUGUUGUUGUCAUGGAAAGUUUAGAGCCAGCAGGGUGGGCAGUCUGGUGUAGGGUGAACAACUCUGGAGAUGUGUGAUGCUCUAAAGGUUAGACCUGCUUUGAUCUCAUCUCUGUGUGUGUAUGUAUUUGUGCUGAAAUGCGGAAAUCUAGAACAUCUGGAUAUCAAACAGUGCAAAUUAAGCGACCAAUGAGUGUGUAGCAAACCCUUUACCGUAAUUCUAGAUUUAUUCCACUUCCCUGCGACCUGCAUGAACAUACCUCACACACUUCACGCGCACACCAGACAUGUCACACACACAUUGGCAAAUAAACACUAAUUACAUCACACCACUAUCAUGUGAUGUAUCUUGUUAAAGCAACCAUCCUAUGUGAGCCAUUGCCAGGAAAAGGAUGGUGCUAUAAAAAAAAUCCUGUAGUUAUAGGAUGUUACAUGUAGUUUAGCAGUAGUUCCAGCUAGUACAUUUUGUAUCACAUCCAACUUUAAAGACAGUCUGAGCUACUUUAUUUUGAUAAUACCUUCAUAUCAAAUAUAUUUUCUAAUCUUGUAGUCUGUUCUUGAGCUUCUUUUUAAUGUGUGAAACAAAUAAUAUGCAAAUAUUUUAUUUUUGUACUCUUUUAUACACCUAAUGCAUUGAUACCAUAUGAAGGAAAUAGAAUGUAUCACUCACUGUUCUUUGAAUGUGAUCCCUCCACCCUGGUGUAACUUCAUACUAAAGCCAACAUGUAUGUACAACUGUAAGUAAACUGUUAUCCAACACUAUGGAAUAAGCACGA